AUGAUAUUAGUUCCAUUACGACAAACAUUAAUUAGAAGCGGAUUGAAAUACUACUCAUCCGCACUCCCUAAAACAAUAGAUAUUGAUGGUAAAACAUUUAAAACUGAUGAUUCAAUGACAAAUGUAACACCCAACACACUAGCAUUGGUUGGCAGGAAUCUUCAUCUUAAUGAGAAUCAUCCAGUUGGUAUCUUAAGAACAAUGAUUGAAGAAAAAUUGAAUUCAACUUCAAAUAAUUUUAAAACUUAUAAUAAUUUCAAACCAGUAGUUUCAGUUUAUGAUAAUUUUGAUUCUUUAGGAUUUCUACCAGAUCAUCCAGGUAGAGCUAAAACUGAUACUUACUAUAUAAACAAAGAAUUUCUAUUAAGAACUCAUACUUCUGCUCAUGAAAUUCCAUGUUUCCAAAGAAUAAAAAAUUUCCUCUCCAAAGACAAAAACUCUAAUAUACCACCUGAACAAUUAACUGACAAGACUGGGUUUUUAAUAUCUGCGGAUGUUUACAGAAGGGAUGAAAUUGAUAGAAACCAUUAUCCAGCUUUCCAUCAAAUGGAAGGGGCUUGUGCUUGGAAACGUAAUCCUGAUGAUCCUCAAGAACAUAUAAAUAAAUUAAGAAAGGAUAUUAAGCAAUUAGAAGAUCAAUUGGCUCAAGAAAAGUUAAAAAUUACUUUAGUAUCAGAUGAUGUUUCAUUAGAAGCUAACCCCAAACAAGAUUAUAUGAGUGAUUUAGAGGUUAACUUAUGUUCUCAACAUUUAAAAAGAUCAAUUGAACUAGUUGUCUCUGAAGUUUUUAAUCAAAAAAUUGAAAGCAUGAAAUUAUUACAAAAAAAUGACUCAAAUUACAAAUGUGAGAUUCCUACUGAGUUGAAAGCAAGAUGGAUUAGGGCAUACUUUCCUUGGACUGCCCCUUCUUGGGAAAUUGAAGUCUGGUGGCAAAAUGAUUGGUUAGAAUUAUGUGGAUGUGGGAUUGUUCGUGAAGAUCUAUUAUUAAGAAGUGGUUAUGAAAAAGAUUCAUCAAUUGCUUGGGCAUUUGGACUUGGAUUGGAUCGUAUUGCUAUGCUCUUAUUUGAUAUUCUUGAUAUUCGUUUAUUCUGGUCUCAUGAUAAGAGAUUUCAAAACCAGUUCCAAAAAGGAAAAAUUACAACAUUUCAACCAUACUCUAGAUAUCCAGGGACUAGCCGUGAUGUUUCAUUCUGGCUACCAAAAGGUUUAACUAAAAAGGAUAUUAAUGACAAUGAUGUUACCGAAAUAGUUAGAGGCAUUGGAUCAGAUCUGGUGGGUAGUGUAAAAUUAGUAGACGUUUUUACAAAUACUCGCAACAAUCAAGUAUCUGUAUCUUACAGAAUAUUUUAUCAGUCAAUGGAUAGAAAUAUAACUAAUUCAGAGAUUAAUGAUUUACAACAGAAAGUUUGCGAAGCUAUAGUUGAAAAAUACAAUGUUGAAUUGCGUUGA